CUCCCUGCCUCCUAAGUUUCUUGAACCAGCAAAACCUAGGCGUCUUUGAUUUCAGCCAUAGGUCCAAUGGCAGAUUAUGUACCAUAUGUGAGGGACAAAUUGACCUUUUCUCUGUGGGACUAUGGGGUGUUUGCUGCAAUGCUUCUGGGAUCCACAGGAAUUGGACUUUUUUAUGCUCUGGCACGUGGAGGGCAAAAGACAUCAGAUGACUUCUUUACAGGGGGUAGAAGCAUGUCAGCUGUGCCAGUAGGAUUGUCCUUAUCUGCCAGCUUCAUGUCAGCUGUACAAGUGCUUGGAGUUCCAGCUGAAGCUUAUCGUUAUGGUGCUAAGUUUCUUCAGAUGUGCCUAGGUCAGGCAUUAAACAGUGCCCUGACUGCCUACGUAUUCAUGCCUAUGUUCUACAGGCUUGGUAUCACAAGUACUUAUCAAUAUUUGGAAAUGAGGUUUGGGAGAAGUGUUCGCCUCUAUGGUACUAUCCAAUUCCUUUUGGGAACUAUGUUAUACACUGGCAUUGUCAUCUAUGCUCCUGCACUAAUACUCAACCAAGUCACAGGAUUGGACAUUUGGGCAUCUCUGUUUUCCACUGGAGCAAUAUGCACAUUUUAUACAUCAGUAGGUGGUAUGAAAGCUGUGAUCUGGACAGAUGUAUUUCAAGUACUAGUAAUGAUUUCUGGUUUCCUGGCAAUCGCAAUUCGUGGUGCUUUGCUGGUUGGUGGACCCACUGCUGUCCUUGAAAUUGCAAGAAAUCACUCCAGAAUUAACUUUGGCGACUUUGACCCAGACCCUCGCAGGCGAUACACCUUCUGGACAUUUGUCUGUGGCAGCACGUUCCUGUGGCUAUCCAUGUAUGGGGUCCAUCAAGCACAGGUUCAGCGCUACAUAUCCUGUAAAACGGAAAAUACAGCUAAACUAGCAAUCUUGGUGAAUCAAGUGGCCCUUUGCAUCAUCGUGUCAAGCGCGGUCAUCUGUGGAAUUGUAAUGUUCACAUUUUACGUGAACUGUGACCCACUUGUUGCUGGAUAUGUCUCUGCUCCUGACCAGUACAUUCCAUACCUGGUGUUGGAGAUAUUUGAACAAUAUCCAGGUGUCCCAGGUCUUUUCCUUGCCUGUGCAUACAGUGGGACACUCAGCACUGCAUCUACAAGCAUAAACGCCAUGGCUGCAGUGACAGUUGAAGACCUCAUUAAGCCAAAAAUGCCACAUAUUUCUAUGAAGAAAAUAAUAAUCAUUUCAAAGGGACUGUCCGUGCUCUAUGGGUCCUCGUGUAUUAUAGUAGCUGCCUUAUCAUCACUCCUAGGAGGUGGAGUCCUACAGGGCUCAUUUACAGUGAUGGGAGUGUUCAGUGGCCCAUUGCUUGGGGCCUUUAUGCUGGGAAUGUUCACGUCUUCAUGCAACACUCCUGGUGUGUUCUCAGGCCUCAUUGUGGGAAUUAGUCUAUCCCUCUGGGUAGCAGUUGGAGGUACUCUUUAUCCACCAUCUCCAGAAAUAAUGGGAGUGCUGCCUACGUAUGCAGAACAAUGUCCUAUCUAUAAUUCAAGUCAAGGUAUCAUAUAUGGAUUACCCCCACCAAGAAACAUUACAGCUCCUAUACCAAGGACAACCAUUGCUGAUGAAUUCUACGCUCUGUCUUAUCUGUAUUAUGGUGCCUUGGGCACCUUUUCUACAAUUAUAAGUGGAGUUCUUGUCAGCUAUACAACAGGACCUACCAAGAGAGAAACAUUAGCUCAUGGCCUGCUUUGGUGGGACCUAGGAACGGUACAGACUGUAAAAUCAACAGAGAUGCUACCUGAGGGGGAGAAGAAAUUCCAAGCUACAGAGAAGAGAGAUGUUUACUACUCUACAAUUCAGCCUAACCCUGAAUUUCCAAAUACUGAGAAUAAUUGCUUCAUGUUGAAAGCAGAUGCCACCUCUUCCCAGAAGAUAGAUCCAAAGCAUCUUGAAGAAAACAGCUGCUUUACUUUUUGGCCUUUGAACAAAGUUGACAGAGAGUCAUAUAUAUGA